AUGCCAUUAUGCAAAGCUUGCAGCCGCUUGGAUCUCGGCGAUCUCUUAGACGAAGACGACGAACUCCAAGACCUGGUCCUACACGACUCCCUCGCCGUACUCAAGGAGAGCACCACAUCCUGCGACCUGUGCCGACUCUUUUUCAGCUCUAUCACGAACAAACUCCGAGACGAAGGAGUUGGUGUUGACGAGUCGACUUGGAGCGACCCCAAUUCACGGGUCAUCCUACGCGGGAUCCGAUACCAGGAUGAGGAUUACUUGCCUAGCGGUCUUUUCUGGGUCAAGGUUCGUUGCGACACCCUCAGCCCCAGAGCAUACUCUUAUUUCGGUCUUUAUCCCGAAGAGGAAACACAAGGGUUAGAGGGCGCGAUAAUUGGGAGACUCAUCAAGCCCCCAGAAGAGCAGAUCAGUCUUGUGAACGACUGGGUUACGUCUUGCGAUAGGGUUCACAAGGGCUGCCAUUCAGAUCCUGGCGCGUUGCCUACGAGGGUCGUUGACGUCGGCCUCGAUGGACAUCGAGAGCCACGUCUGGUUGUCACUGGUGGAGCGGCUGGUCGCUACGUGACUUUGAGUCACUGCUGGGGUUUGCAUCCGGUAAUCCGCACAACUAGCGAGACCAUAGAAGACCAUCUCAAAGCGCUACCGCUAGGAAAGUUGCCCCAAACUUUCCGAGAUGCGGUUCUGAUCACGUGGUCACUUGGUAUCCAGUACAUCUGGAUCGAUUCGCUCUGCAUCGUCCAAGACUCGACAGAAGACUGGGAACUGGAGAGCGUCAAGAUGGGCACGAUCUAUGCGUCUUCCUACCUAACUAUCGCAGCUUCGGCUUCCAAAGACUCGACCGGCGGCUGCUUCAGGUCUCGCAGUACGUCUACAGAUGUCAAGGUUAGGUUUACGGUGCGCGAUUCGGGGGAUCCACGAUCGACCUCGGUCUUUGUCCGACCUCGCCCUCGAGAUUUCAGUCACCUUCCGAUGAGCGCCCUCCAUAGUCGUGCCUGGGUAACACAGGAACGUCUUCUAUCAGCACGGAUGAUCCACUAUGAUACGGAUCAACUGCUAUGGGAAUGCCGGGAAUCUCGUCUGACAGAGGAUGGAGUUCCUGUUGGUGCCUUUGGCGGUGCAGGAAACGCGGAAUGGGACGAGCGUCUCCAUUUCUCAUACCCCUUUUCUCAAAGCCGCUCCAGACCCAACUUUGUCUGGGACUGGUAUGAUAUGGUGUCAGCUUACACCAGCAGAGGCAUUACGAAGUCUUAUGACAGGCUACCCGCCCUCUCCGGCCUCGCAAAUGCCAUGGAAGAAUGCACCGGACAGAAGUACGUGGCAGGGCUGUGGGGAUUUCACUUGGCUUAUGGCUUGCUGUGGCGCCGGAGUGAGCAGUGGCUUCGCAAGCCUGCGGAUGGUUAUCGUGCCCCAAGUUGGAGCUGGGCUUCUUUGGAGGGCCGUGUCUAUAUGCCAGAAAUUGCGACCAUGGCGCCUUACGGGAAUGAGAUGGAGAUCAUGAUUGACAUUGUAGAUGUCCACACGACGCCCCUCGGUCUAGACCCACGAGGAAUGCUACGGUCUGGAUGUCUAAAGCUUAAAGGGAAACUGAAGGUUGCUGAUUCACGUGUCGACCCCGCGACUCCCGGCCACAAGCGGUUUCCAACAUAUCCAAAAGAAUUGGCCAUCGACUUUCUCAAUUGCAAUGACGAGAUGGUUGGUCUGGCAUAUUUCGACGAGAAAUACAGCGGCAAAGAGCGGUCUCUACACUACCUACAGGUGGCACGAAAACCGAUGGAGCCGAGUCGCUGGCAUGGAUUGCUCUUGGAGCCAACAGACGAGAAGAAUCAGUUCCGUCGCGUUGGAUUCUGUCGCACCGAAGAAAUUCCAAGCCGGGACUGGUUCGCGGAUGCUGAUGAGGAGAUAAUCACGAUAGUCUGA